GAAACGUCAAACCUUGACUUUGUCUCUUUCAUUUUUUCCGAUAAAUUCAAAUAUGUGUCUUUUACGUUCAUCAGUUAAUUUUUCGAAGUAAACACAGGUCGUCUUCUUACCAGCAAGUUACAAAUUAUGUCGUGCAGUAAAAAAAAGGGAGCCUGUUGUAGUGGCGGCCCCAAAACCUACAACGUCGUCAUGAUACGUCACGGUGAGUCGGAAUGGAACCAGAAGAACCUUUUUUGCGGCUGGGUCAACGUGGACUUGAGCGACAGGGGCAAGAGAGAGGCCGUGAGCGCCGGCAAAGCGCUCAAAGACGCCGGCUACAGGUUCGACAUGGCCUUCAGCUCCGUACUGAAAAGGGCCAACGAUACCCUCUAUGCCAUCCUGAAAGAGAUCGGCCAAGAGGAUAUUGCCAUUUUUAAAACGUGGAGGUUAAACGAGAGACAUUACGGAGGUCUUACCGGUUUAAAUAAGACUGAUACGGUGGCGAAAUACGGCGAGCAGCAGGUGCAGAUUUGGAGGAGGAGUUACGAUACACCUCCACCUCCCAUUACGCCGGAGAAUCCGUACUACGACACUAUUUUGUUGGACCCUAUUUAUAACGAAGGGCCGCCUAGGAAUGAUUUCCCUAUGUUCGAGUCUCUGGAGCUGACUAUAAAGAGAACCCUUCCGUAUUGGAACGAAUGGAUAGUGCCAGAGAUUAAAAAAGGCAGGAAGAUCUUGAUAGCUGCACAUGGUAAUUCCUUAAGAGGAAUAGUAAAGCACCUAGAUCAGAUGUCGAAUGAACAGAUCAUGCAGUUAAACUUGCCUACUGGCAUCCCCUUUAAGUACACCUUAGACGAAAACAUGAAACCUGUCCAAGGAGGAAGCCUACAGUUUAUGGGAGACCCCGAAACAGUGAAAAAGGCCAUGGAAGAAGUGGCAAACCAGGGAAAAUCAAAGAAAUAAACCAAAAGAAUUCAUUUAAAUAAUAACUGCAACAAAAAUAUGUAAAAAUUGAUGAAUAAAUACAAUAUUACAUUAACAACAUUGUA